AUGAACCAGGGAAAUCAACAGCAUAAAUGCGUAAGCCACGUAGAAUUUCAUUACGCGGCGAAUGGCAAUGUGGUGGCGCUGCGUGAAUGGCUACGGAAGCACCCAGAGCGUGUGAACAUCCCCAAACCCGGCUCAAUGUACACGCUGCUGAGUACAGCUGUUAAUUGCUGCCGUCUCGAGGUGGUGCAGAUGCUUGUUGGCGAGUUCCACGCCGAUAUGGGGAUUCCUUGCGGGGGCAUCGGCAACACAUGCGUGCACACUGCCGCAUCCAAGUGUUCUGUUGACAUACUUUCGUAUCUUCUCUCCUGCUCCCCCCCACUGAGGCCAAAUGCGUUUAUGGAGUACCCACGCGACAUCGCUGAAGCGGCGAACGCAAACAAGGAAAGCAAGGAGAAGUGCGUCGCCAUGCUGCGAGCCUACGAGGAAACAUCUGGUCAACCGAGACUGAAGCAGGAGACGGGAAGUAGUGCAGUGCUGCAGUCACUGCCGCAGCAUCCGCCUCAACUUCCGAGGCAGUCUUCAUCGUUGGCGCUCUCGCGGCCGUUGGGUACUCCUGCUACCAUCGAGAAGACGGCGCUGCGCGACCUCAUUCGCGAGGUGAAGCUCGACGAUGAUGAAGACGAGGGGAGCGGUGCCAGUUGUCAAACGUCGCACAUGUGGCUGGAGAAACGAAGACAGUCCCAAGCCCCAUCCCCGUUGCUGUCCACCCUACACGGCCACCGCGAUGACCUCGCGGGGAAAGGCGGGCUCGACGCAAACUGCGGCAGGCCGCGUAAUGAGCGCAGCCUUAAUACACAGACGAAUUUGCCGUUAGAUCUACGGGAAUUCCGUCGUCAGUACGGGGGCAGCUUUGAUUUUAUAGAAGACACCCACAGGUACGUGAUACGAGGCCUGCUGCCGUACACCUUCAAGGAGUGUGUGUACUACACCCCCGUCAUCAUCACUCUGUGCAAGCCCACCGAUGCGGCGGGGGACGAAAGCGUGGGAUCCCAGCAGGAUUUUCACAGUGACUGUCAAUCAGGGAGGCCCCCUCCUGUUGCCCGCUACCGGGCCCUCAUUGACCGCAAGCGACUCGGGACUCUCUUCAUCAGCCGCCGCGCCACGUACAUUGAUCCCUGCACUGCUGCCAUCAUCCCAAGUGCAGUCGAUGCGUACUACCGAAACCUGCUAGACUUUGUGCGAUACGCCGUCCUCGACAACUUUGAGCGCAUCCCGCCACUGACUUCAUCCAGCAAUGAAAGCAGAGCCGUCCAGGACGGCGUCCCGCUCUUUUCCCUGUACCCGCGGCAGCGGGAGGCAACGCUGCGUAUUAUGCGUGAACUGUCCUUAUUCGGCGAUGGGGCCUUGACGUACGACUGCGCUACUUUUCGGGUGGAAGGUUUUCUGCCGCUGUUUGUCCCCCUUGCAUCUUCAAGUGGAGGUGGUGGCGGUGGCAGAGACGCCCAUGCGGCUGGUAAGGUCGUCAUAAAUGCCGCCUCCAGCCCGCCCCUUGAAGACCACGGCGCACGAACGAAGGACAGCAAAAUUGAGGCCAUGCUGGCUGGCGAUCUUAUUAUGAAGCUGCAGCUCCGUGUCCAGUUUGACGCAAACUCCAACUUUGAGAACCCACCACGCGUCUACUUUACAAACGCCACCACCAACACCCUCGAACCGUGGAAUAGCUACGAGUUUCUCUCACAGAUUAUCUUUGACAGCACAUGCGGAGAGGUCUGCUGUGGCAAGCUUAGCUCAUUAGCGGGUUGGAAAGAACACGGCUCCCUUCUUACUGUGUUAGUGGAGCUGCAGCAGAAGGCAACGUCACUGCUGAUGGAGUAUUGUACGACAUCCGCGUUGUGUGAGAGCAGCAAAGGUGAGGCUGCCGCGGCGCGGAAAGGUGAUCCUGUGUGUUCCACAACUCCAUCAACUUCCAUGCAGUACGAGACGCCGAGUGUAGAUCGGACGGGGUUGGAGGAAGACAUGGGGUUCAUCCUUGUUGGACGGCCGACGACGGGAACUGCGGAGGCGUUGGCCGCUGACAACAACAGCAACAACGACAACAACGACAGGUGGACGUUAGUUUCCCACGGCGAUGAUACGGGCACCGCCAGCAUGUGCGUGUUCUGCGCGGAGGCGGAGCGGAAUAUCGUGCUCCUGCCAUGCCGCCACUUGGUGCUCUGUCGUGCGUGUAGUCUUCGCUACAGGGACCGUCUGGCAGAUGCGAUGCUGUGCCCCAUCUGCCGCACCCCCACUGAAACCGUGUUGGAAGUCUUCUCGUGA